AUAAAAAAAAUAAUAGCUCAGAAUACGUUGUUUCAAUACCAUAUGGUUGCUACGUAUAGUGAUUAGGUUUGUUGAAUAAAAAAAUUAUAAUUUUCUCUGGGGUAAGUUCCAAACUUCCAAAACCUCGUUCGAUUCGGUCUAUCAAGAUGGUGGCGAUUCAAAUCAAAUAUAAGAAAAUUUCACACACCCCUAUAUAUUUUCCUAUAUUAGUGUCAGUCGAUGAUGUUUUAGCAAACGAAAGAGAACAAUAUUAGUUAGUUAUUUUUUUUCAUAUUCCAUACUUAACUAUUUUUAUAAAAUAUCAGUUUUUUUUUCUUUUUAUAGUGCUAGCACAACAAUUUUGUAAGAAAUUUUUUUCUUUGUACCAAUGACAGAGUACGAAAGUAUACUUUUUUUGUUUAUUGCACAAAAUAAAGCUCUUGAAACGAAUUGGAAUUGGAAUUGGAAAUAAAAUUUUCCGUGCUAGCUGCCGGCCUUAUAUACUUUGGUAAUUAUUCGUAAUAACACAUACGUAAAACAGAUAUAAGUAUGAACAUACAUGUAAAUGGAGCAUGAGGAAUAGAAGAGAAAUUGAACCAGCCGAACAAGAGAGUAAAAAAAUAAAGGUGAUGUGCAUCCCGUCUUUUAAAUAUUGAUUUGCAGCGACGUAGUACACGAUUCGAUGCCUUGGAUGGAUUUGAUUCCAGCACGUUGAAUCGUUGAGAGGGAAGGUGAUGUGAUAUUCAACUAUGCAUACUGUAAAGUGAUUCCGUAUAAAUAAUAAAAGAGCAAGAUAAAUUUAUCGGAUAAUUUUUUGUCUUCGAUCUUGACAAAUGUUAAAUAACUACUUACCCAUUUACAAAUAGUCGAUUGAGUCCGGCGUCAGGAUAGUAUUUUUUAUUCGGCACUAUUCCUUGUGCUAAACUUUAUUUUUUGAUAAAACUUUAAAAGUAAUUUUCAAAAAUCAUUGAAUAUUUCAAAUUUUGAUUUUUUUAAUCAUUUCACUAACGUAUAUGUAUGAUGAAUUGGUUACUUUACGAUAUUUUUUGUCGAAAUUUUUUUUUUUUCUCUUUAUUCGGUUAAUAGUUCAAGUGAAAAAAGGGCAUGGGCGUGCAUGUGCGGUCAGCGCAAGUUUUAGUGACAGAACGAGAGGUAAAAUGGAGCAUAUACUGUUUCCUAAAAAAAAAAAGAUUCAAAUUUAUGAAGAUUAUUAUGGAAUUACCACUUCAACAAAACGAUAUGCCUGAAGAAAUUGAAGAAUUUUUUGAAAUUUUAUUUGAUAAUGACAAACAUCGUUUGUUAACCAAGAACUUCGACUCAUGGUAAAACUAAUUCACAUUUCUAACUUAUUUUGUAUUCUGAUCACUUUCAGGUGAAAGUAAUACAUAUAACGGCAAUGAAAACAAACAAUUAAAAAAUUGCUUUAUACUAAAUAAUUUAAAAAUAAAUCAACUGCUGUACUUAUUUAUGUAUAGUUUUCAAUAAGUAGCAAAAUAGUACCCAAUAGAAAAAAAAAAAAAAACGUAAGUUAAAUGAGAAAUGGAUUCUCCGCCAUCCUGUUCUUUAAGUGCGACAGGUGCUUUAAGUGAUUUAAGCAGCAGUGGACUGGGUGGUUCAAUUUCAAGUGAUUCAGUUCGAGCAUAUCUUGCAAUCGAAAUGCACGAGAGUGAUAUAGAAAGUAAAUCAUUAUCCCAGGAGGAUUCUCUUGACUAUCCUGAUAGCAUGUGUGGACGGAAUUUCAGCACAUUGAAAAAAGAGCCUGGCUGGACAGAAAUAGACAAAAACAAUGUUGCAAUAAGGCCGCCACCAGAAUUUCAAGACAGUCCGACUUCAUCAGACUCAAUUACAUCGACAGAGCGAACACUAUAUAAUCCAAGAAUAUUUAUAAAUCGUAGAUAUGAAAUAUCACCGACAAACUACGUAACGAAUAUCGCUUAUGAACUUGUGCAGCAAGUAAUGGAAGAGGCGCUUGUUAUUUCAAGAACAAUAUCGUGGCUAAAAAGUCACAUCAUUUUGCCUCGUGCAUCCGUUUCAACAUCUUUUUAUAGUACAAGUCAACUAUUAACUUGGAGCAAUACUGAACAAGAACAAAAACAAGAACAAGUACAAGUACAAGUACAAGAACAAGAACAAGAACAAGAACCAAAAGAAAAAAAACAAGAAGAACAAGACCAAGAACAAAAACUAGAGCAAGAACACCAAAAAAAACGAAAACAAAAACACCAUAAACAGAAUUCGAAACAACUUUUUUGGGCAUCUGAAAUGUUACCAUCGUCAUCAUCAUUACAAGCAAAUAGUAUGAUCGUAACAAUAACACCGUACAACACACUGAAUCGUCCGACUUCACGAUCAUCUUUGGCAUCUUCACGCUUAUCAAGUUCUCACAACUCAAUAAAUACGUCUGGCUUAUGUCGCAACGCUGAUGAUAGUAGUUUUAUAACAUCAGCUAUGUCACAUGAUGUAUUGACGAUGAGUGAAAUAAGUGACAUGUACAACGUACCACUCGAUUCCGAUAUUUACACAGUACCGGUUGACGUUGUAAGACAGCGUUAUUAUGAAUCACGAUUCCCCCAAAGAGCGAGGCGCCAUCGUCAUCAUAGAAAACGAAAAAGAAAUGUGUCAACAAGUUCUCAAAGUGAACUUGAAAGUCAUAUGCAGCCAACACGUCAUUAUUGCAGUAAGCCCCGUGCAAUUACGCAUGUUAUUAAAUCCCAAAAACUAUUAACUGAAGUAUUUUGGAAUAAUGAUGAUAAAAAUGUCGACAGUAGUAUAUAUGGUAAUGAAAAACGCCAUAGUGUACCAGGCACAUCUUGCCAUCAUACGACAACAUCACGUCAUCAAAUCAAUAAUCACGAACAGAAUAAUGUCGGUGAACCAAUCCACAUGACGCUUCAUGAAGUCCGACAAUAUCUCGAGACACUUUAUUCGAAUUCCAGUGAUUCAAGUGAAAAUAAGAUGAACCGAAAUAAAUUACCAACGAAUAAAAUACCAAUACAGCUAUCAAUGCAAAAAAAUCAUAUAACGGCAGUUGUCGACAAUAAUAUUAAUAAAUAUAGUAGUCUACAAAUUAAUGCGACAUUAUUAAUAGAUAAAGCAAAUAAUGGACUGAUUAAUAGUAAUAAUAAUAACAAUAAUAAUAGUUUUAACAAUAAUGAUAACAACAACAACAACAUUAUCAAUGCCAAUAAUAAUACUAACACCUACAACAAUAACAACAACAGCAACAGCAGCAGCAGCAACAAUAAUAAUAAGAAUAAGAAUAAGAAUAGUAGUAUAAGUAAUGAAAAUAAUAAUAAUAGUAAUAAUAAUAAUAAUAAUAAUAAAAGUAUCACAUGCUUUAGAAAACAUAAAAAAAACAAUUUAAUCCAUAAUCAAUAUAAAAAAACGAAAGAUAUUGAUGGACAGAAUAAAAAUAAAAAUGAUUCUGAUAAAGAUAACAAUAAAAUUAAGAAAAGUCAUCGCAAUUUUCCAUUAAAUCUGAAACGAACAUUGUGCAAUAUAUUCAGAUUCCGUAGACUCGGUUCAUCCGACUAUUUUGUUAAUAAAAAAAAUACAAUUGUUCAAGGUGAUAUUGUUGAACAACACGAUAAUGGUUCAAAUCGUCAUAUUGAUAUUAAUAGUAAGUUGAGUAAUGUUACUUUAACAGCCCAAAAACUAUCACUUUUUAACCGUGCAUUACCACCAUUGCCACGUAACAACGGACAUGUUAAUAAUAUUGAACAGGCUCAAGAUGUAUUGACAGCGAUUAUUAACAACAAAAUUGAUACAACAUCAAUUAAUUCUUCAAUUAAUCAUAUUUCAUCGUCUUUACAAGAUAAUGAUUUGCCACUUGAAGAUUCUAGUAUGGAUUUUGCAGCUUCCAUUGAAAAAGUUAAAGAUUACGGAUGGUACUGGGGUCCAAUGUCCGGCGAAGCAGCAGAAAAAAUACUAUCAAAUGAACCAGAUGGAUCAUUUAUUGUGCGUGACAGCAGUGACGACCAUUACAUUUUUUCACUGUCAUUUAGAUUGAAUAAUUGUGUGAGACAUGUCAGGAUUGAGCACGAUCAAGGGAAUUUCAGUUUUGGUAAUUGCACUAAGUUCAAAUCACACACAAUUGUUGAUUUUAUUGAAAAUGCUGUUGAGCAUUCGCGCAGUGGAAGAUAUUUAUUUUUUCUGCAUCGUCGUCCAGUACUUGGCCCAAUGAGAGUCCAGCUACUCCAUCCGGUCUCGAGAUUCAAACAAGUUCAAUCACUGCAGCAUAUUUGUCGUUUUGUUAUAUUGAAAAUGGUACGACGUGAUUUGAUAUCAACAUUACCAUUACCAAGGCGAUUAAUCGAUUACUUAAGUAUGCCGCAUUACUAUAGUGAACAAUUUGAUGAGCAGGAUGAUCGCGCUGAGUCACCGGUUAGUUCAUCAACAGGUGAAUUAGAAAAAAUUUGUUUUAUAUCACCAAGCUUAUUAUGACGAGUGUAAAAUUGAAUUUGACUCAAGAGUUUGUUUUAAACUAAAAAAAAGUUAUAUAGUUCUUGUAAAAGUUAAGUUUAUUGUAUGAUUGUCAUUUUUCCUUGUUGUUUUGAAUAUAUCUUACGAUUUAUUAUACGAUAUAUAUUAUUAUAAUCAUUAUUAUUACUAAACGAUGAAACUGCAAUAAUUAUGAUUGAGUUGCAUAGAAAAAAAUGAUACAUAACAAUCUACCAUAUUUAAAAAAUUGGAAAUAACAAUAAUAAUAAUCAAUAAUAAAAUGAAUAAGAAUAAGUUCUCAUUAUUUUUUAAUAUAAUAUGAAUAAAGAUAGUGAGCAUUAUAAACAUUAACAACCCUAAAACCGAAUGUUUUUAUAAUUAUUUAUGCCACACAAACAUUUGUAAUUUUUUAUAAAGUACGGUAUAUAUUCAAAUAUUAAUAUUGGAAAUGAAAGAAAAAAAA